AUGCCACAAGCGGAGGUGCUGUUGGUAGAAGUGGUGGUGUUGCUGGCAGAAGCGGUGGUGUUGCUGGCAGAAGCGGUGGUGUUGCUGGCAGAAGCGGUGGUGUUGCUGGCAGAAGCGGUGGUGUUGCUGGCAGAAGCGGUGGUGUUGCUGGCAGAAGCGGUGGUGUUGCUGGCAGAAGUAGUGUUGUUGCUGGCAGAAGCGGUGGUGUUGCUGGCAGAAGCGGUGGUGUUGCUGGCAGAAGCGGUGGUGUUGCUGGCAGAAGCGGUGGUGUUGCUGGCAGAAGCGGUGGUGUUGCUGGCAGAAGCGGUGGUGUUGCUGGCAGAAGCGGUGGUGUUGCUGGCAGAAGCGGUGGUGUUGCUGGCAGAAGCGGUGGUGUUGCUGGCCGAAGCUGUGGUGUUGCUGGCAGUAGCGGUGGUGUUGCUGGCAGCAAUGAUGCAGCGGGCGGACUUGACUGCCUUGCUGAGGGACGUGGACCUGGGCAUUGGGAGGCACCGGGAGAGUGCAAGGUCGCUAGUCAGGUGCAGUAUGAAGGAAUGCCGUUUCGGAGCAAAGAAGCAGAUAGAUGGAGAACGAAGGGCUCACCUCUGCUCGCCUUGCGCGAGAGUGUCCACCGUCUUCCCCGUGCACUUGGAACUGUUGAAGAACUGA